AUGCCCGCGUGCCCCUCUCCUUGUCCGCUGACUUGGCUUUUUUCUCUCUCAGCUCUCAAGAAUGCGGAUCCGAUGCUCCAGGAUGUCUUCCAGGCUGUCGAUACGAACGGCGAUGGACGGAUACAAUACGGCGAAUUCCGCAGGUUUGUCGAUCACGCUGAUAAGGCUCUGUGGGCGCUCUUUGAGACCAUCGACCGGAACCACAACGGAGAAAUCGACAAAAACGAGCUGAAGGAAGCUUUUGCCCGUGCUGGUGUCACCGUCUCGAACGCCAAGCUCGACGAAUUCUUCAGGCUGAUGGAUGUAAAUAAUGAUGGGGUGAUCAGCUACAGCGAAUGGAGGUAUGAUGUCGCCGUCUCUCCGUUGGGGCAAUUGAAUGACCCCUGUCCGACUGACCAUGCUCCAAAAAGGGACUUCCUGCUCUUCCUGCCCGCCGACUCUCCCAAUCUCCGCACCGUCCUUUCAUACUAUUCGGCCACGGGAAAUCUAAACCCGGAAGGAGAUGUUGACAUCAAUGAAACUCUGCAGGGUUUAGGUACUGGCAUCCCGCUUUUCUUCAAUCUUCUCCUGGCCGUAAGGAGUUUUUUCUCCAGUCUGUUCCUAGUCCUCGGCUGGAGAGCCACCACCACUGCUCCCCUGAGUCUGGCACCCGCUGGCGGGGCGUCGAAUGUUGAGUCAGAGGAUCUGGUUUCGUUUGAUGGCGACAUCGAGCUGGAGUGGCUUCCUCUGCCCCGGAUUGUAGCCAUAUGGAUGUCGUUCCGCUAUUAUGAACAGAAGUUGACGGAAAACACCCCUCACUUAGGUUACUUCCUUGCUGGCGGGAUUGCUGGUGCCGUGUCGCGGACAGCCACCGCGCCCCUAGACCGCCUGAAAGUCUAUCUCAUCGCCCAGACUGGCACCAAGAACCAGGCUGUCCGCGCGGCCAAGGAGGGAUCCCCGCUGCAAGCCAUUCAGGGGGGAUUUAGGACGCUCGUGGAGGCCACCAAGGAGCUGUGGCGAGCUGGCGGCAUCCGAAGUCUUUUUGCCGGCAAUGGGUUGAACGUGUUGAAAAUCAUGCCCGAGUCCGCGAUCAAAUUCGGCGCGUAUGAGGCUUCAAAACGUGCUUUUGCUCGACUUGAAGGACACAAUGAUCCGAAGCAGCUUCGACCAACGUCACAGCUCUUGUCUGGCGGGCUUGGUGGCAUGGUCUCGCAGUGUUUUGUAUAUCCUCUCGACACGCUCAAAUUUCGGAUGCAAUGUGAAACAGUCGAAGGAGGUCUCAAGGGCAACCAGCUUAUUGCUGCGACAGCCAGGAAGAUGUGGCAGACCAACGGCAUAUUUACUUUUUUCCGGGGACUGCCGCUUGGUUUGAUCGGCAUGUUCCCCUAUGCUGCGAUCGAUCUUUCGACAUUCGAGUACCUCAAGUCGAGACUUCUUGCCCGUAAGGCUCGGACUAAUCGGUGCCAUGAGGAUGACGUGCCUUUGAGCAACUUCACGACAGGAGCAAUCGGUGCAUUCAGUGGUGCCUUGAGUGCCUCUGUUGUCUAUCCACUGAAUGUUUUGCGGACACGGAUGCAAGCACAAGGCACGGUCCUGCAUCCACCAACAUAUGAUGGCAUUGUUGAUGUGGCACGCAAGACCAUCCGUGCAGAAGGUGUGCGUGGGUUCUAUAAAGGCCUCACGCCUAAUCUACUGAAAGUCGCGCCGGCAGUAUCUAUCAGCUAUGUGGUUUACGAAAACGCCAAGAGGGCUCUUGGCUUGAAGUAG